CACCAGUUUUUUCAUGGUUUGAAGAUGAUAAUGGAUGUUUGCCGCCCUCGCGACUUCUUGGAUCGAACAAUGGACCGAUACGUUCGCCUUUUCCCCUGCCUCUCCGAUCCUGCUCGGAGAUCUUCAUCGGGUUUAAAAGUAGCAUUGGUGAUGCUGCACCUGGUUUAUGUUGGACUUCUCUUUGCAUUCGACCGGCAUUUGAUUGAAGAAGCCGAAACUAGACCGUGGUACACAGCUUCAUAUUUGUUGCUUGUUGUCGCUACCCUCAUUCAAUACUUUUUAACAUCAUGUUCAUCUCCUGGCUAUGUACUUGAUGCAAUGAGGGCUUCUAAUGAGAAAGAUAUUGCUUUUCGAAAGGCAUCAAAACAACCUGCUUCAAGCAAAAAUGUAGAUGUGGUUGUUACUAUAGACCGGAACCAGGUUGGAAAAAAUGUUCAGGGAGAUUUAACAUCGUGGACGAAAAUUGUAAUUGCUGUUUUUUCUUUGUUUUGCAGAAAUUUUACUUGCUCCUAUUGUCAUGUUGAGCAGCCUCCGCGAACAAAGCAUUGCCAUGAUUGUGAUCGAUGUGUACUUCAGUUUGAUCAUCACUGUGUUUGGCUUGGGACAUGUAUUGGCCAGGGCAAUCAUUGUCGAUUCUGGUGGUACAUUUUUGAGGAGACAACUUUAUGCUUGUGGACUGGAAUCUUGUUCAUUUCAUACCUCAAGGCUGAUAUAGUGCGGGCAUGGUGGAAUGCUGCCAUUGUCAUUAUGCUGCUGAUUACUUUGUCGAUUGCCUUGAUCUUUCUACUACUCUUGCUUCUAUUUCAUAGCUAUCUUGUUCUUACAAAUCAGACUACGUACGAACUCGUGAGACGUAGGCGAAUCUUUUACUUAAGGGGCAUUCCUGAAAGAGUUUUUCCCUUCAGCAAAGGAGUUUGCCAUAAUUUGUAUGAUUUCUGCUGUCAUAGAAGCGUCUAUCAAUUGGAGCCCCUACCGUCGGUUCAAGCAUUGGAAGAGAGAUCGAGGCCGUACACAUGUUCGGAUCUCUUGCGAUGUAGAUGCUGCUGAUUUAUAAGGCCAUACGAUGUUUGGACAUCACGAGGUGUAGAUGCUGCUGAUUUGUUACAGUGUACCAUUUCCUUAACAUUCUUUCAUGUUCUUACUAGGUUGUGGUGGUUGGUUGGUGUGGGUAGAAGGUUCCAUGUUCUCACUAGGUUGUGGUGUUUAUUCCCCCCUUGAAAUAGCUGCAGCUUUAUUAGCUUAGGAAAACCUUGUUUCUUCUGGUGUAAAAUGGUCUGCGGUGGUGAAAUAGAUGCUUUAUGAUUCUGUUAAAACUUUGCCCCCACGAGUAGAUAUUGACUUUUUUAUAUA